AUGGCCGAGGCAAUCAAGAAGCUUACGCCUCGUGAGUUGGAGCUGGCUGGGAUUGCGUGGCAGUGUCUUCAGGGUGAUGCUAAGCUCGACUUCCAAAAAUUCGCCACCCUCGCAGGCUUCAAGAACCCCUCCUCCGCAUCCGCCUGCUGGGGCCCCGUCAAGAAGAAACUCCUCGGCACCAGCUGCACCACCAAUACAACAACUACAACCAACACGUCCAAGAAACCCGCUGCUGCUGCACGAGUAUCCAAGGCAAAGGGUCCUACAGCGGCUAGUGCCAAGGGAAAGGGAACUGGAACUGGAACUGGGAAGAAGGGCUUCGCGAGCGCGGUCGUGGAGGAUGAUUCGGAGGGGGAUGUUGGGGGGUCUGAUUCUGGUGGUGCUGGUGGUGGUGCUGGUGGCAAGAAGCGCAAGGCAUCGUCUGGAUUGGGGGUGAAGGGGAAGGUUGUUGUUGAUCUUGACGGUGAGGAAGAUCUUGAAAAUGACGGGAAUGAGGGGAAUGGGAAUUGGGGGUGCAAGAAGGAGGUGGAGGGGGUUAAGAGGGAGGGGGGUGGUGGUGGUGGUAGGAAGCGGGUUAAGAAGGAGGUUGUGGAUAGUGAUGAUGGUGAUGGUGGUGUUGGGGAUAAUGACUAUGGGGUUGUUAGCGGUGGUGGUCGUGGCGCUGGGGGUGCUGGAGGUGCGUUUUUGGAGUUUCCGGAGUAUGAGGGUGUGUUUGGUGGGGCUGGAGAUGGGGAUGAGGAGUGCUGAGUUUGGAUUGUGCUGCAUUUGGCCAAAGCCGAGAUGAACAGCAUUUGGAAAUGGGUCAUCUAGUCGCAACGCUGGUCACGGUGUCCAUGGAAUCCAUGGAAGAAGUCACUAGGA